UGGCUUUCCAGUAGCUCAAAGCAAACUUCACAACUGCUAAUAGGGAGGUUUAACACAAAACGUACCACAGCCGCGACCAUCAUCUGAAUCAUUACAAGUUUGUACCAGUGAGCAUUUCACGUCGUUCUGAGAAAAUGGGUAACGGGAUAAAUAAGGUCCUGCCUGAUCUUUAUCUCGGGAAUUUUAGAGAUGCACGGGAUCGAGAGCAACUGGCCAGGCACAACAUCACGCAUAUCCUCUCCAUCCAUGACUCCGCCACACCUAUGCUGCAGGAGAUGACCUACCUCUGCAUAUCCGCUGCAGACCUGCCCACCCAGAACCUGACCCAGCAUUUUAAGGACAGUAUCGCAUUCAUCCACCAGUCCCGGUUGAAGGGGGAGGGCUGUCUCGUGCACUGCCUGGCAGGAGUGUCGCGCAGCGUGACCCUGGUAGUGGCCUACAUCAUGACGGUGACGGACCUGGGCUGGCAGGAUGCACUGGCGGCCGUACGAGCCGCGCGAUCCUGUGCCAACCCAAACUUGGGCUUCCAGCGCCAGCUAGCCGACUUUGAAAGCACACAGGCUGGCCAUUACCGACAGUGGCUGCGCGAAUGCUACAAGCAAAAUCCAUUCGACGACGCAGAGAACAUCCGGCGAUUGCUGUCCAAGGAGACUGACACCGAGGAGGCCCGACCUAGCAUUGGGACAUCCUGAAGUGCGCAGUUCGCAACCGGAGUCGGAGUCUACGACUCCCGCAAGCCUCCCGGCGUCGGAGAGGACUUCGCGUUUAUCACGGUUUCUAUGAGGCAGGGCGGACGUGAUGGCUACUCCCGUGGAAACAUCGUCUACUCUGCAGUAAUCAGCUUUGGUUUCCUGGACGGGAAACGGUACUGCUCUGAAGAUGCUAGAUCCUCUAAACACCUACGUUUUGUACUUUUUUCUCACUUUUCAUUUGUACUCAAAUAAUCACCUUACCAAGCCUUUUUAUUUUUUUACUCGGUGUUUUAAUUGCAGCGCAAGAAAGGUAUUUAAGUAAUUUGUAACAUAUUCUAGAACAGUCAUAUCAAUUAACCUAACCAAAUCAGCUUGCCAAAAAUUUUUGUUUGUGUAAUUGUAAACAUGGUGUAUUUUCAGUUCUCUUGUCAUUUACUGUACUUGACUGAAUUGCACUGGCUUUAGCAUAACGUGGGAUUUUAAUACAUGAAUAAAUGAGAAUAUCUCUGAA